UGACAUGACGUCGUGCACGUUUCACCAAAAUAAACUAAAACCUGUUCCUGUCCUGUUUUUUCAUGCUGUAAUAUAGCUUAUUGCCCUUUAAACUUGCAUGUGUAACUAGUAAUCCAAUCAUUUCAGGUGUAGCUUCUGUAGGUGCCUCAGCUCGUUACCUACACCUCUGACUGUCAUGUUGACCUUUUGACUGUGGUGUUGUUUUCGGUGCCACCCGGUGAGGUGUCACAUUUCACCGUCUUUCAACAUCUUUAGCAGCUUUAAUACCUAUAUACGCGCUCGCUAUAAUGUCACGGGGAAGCAUCAUUUUAUCUCUUGCUGACGCAUGACGCUAUAAUGUCAGACAUGAGUAACAUAAAUCACCAGCUUUUCUUAUUUAUGGAAGCGAGCAGCGAUGCUCACUCUUCAGUAUCUCCUGUCGCUGCGUCUGGAUGCUGGAAGAUAAAUGGAGGAGGACGAGUGAGUGGGGGGGGGUCUUAGGACGAAACAGGAAAAAAAAUGAAGAAAUAUGAUGUGAAAGGGUUAAAUAUUGAAUGAAAUGGGUGCUGUUUGUAGAUGAGCACGCACUUCCUUGUUUUAAGACGUACAACUCUACUACAGCACAAAUCAGGGCGACAAGACUAAAAAUAGAGAAGAACUCUCUUUGUUCCCAAUUUGGUUUUCUUUUUAAAGAAUCUCAGAUGUGUAAAAGUGUUCUUUGCUCUAGGUUACACGGCAGAUACCAUGAGCUGGCUCCACAUCUUGUACCGAUGGACUACACCAAUGAUCCUGAAUGUAAAAUUCCUCCAGCCUUGAUAGUCAACAUGCCAGAGCUAAAGGAAAACCCGUUCCGUAACAGGAUUGUAGAGUCGUUCUCCGAGGACGGACAGGGGAACCUCAGCUUCAAUGAAUUUGUGGACAUGUUCUCCGUCCUGAGCGAAACCGCUCCUAGAGAGCUCAAGGCCAUAUACGCCUUCAAAAUCUACGAUUACAAUGUGGAUAAUUACCUGUGCAAAGAGGACUUGGAGAAGACUCUGAAUAAGCUGACGAAGGAGGAGCUGACCCCCGAGGAGGUCGAGCUGGUGUGUGAGAAAACCAUCGAAGAGGCAGAUUUGGAUGGAGACAACAAACUCUCCUUCGCCGACUUUGAGAACAUGAUUACUAGGGCUCCUGACUUUUUGAGUACCUUCCACAUACGAAUCUAAAACAGCUCAGUGGGAUCAUGAGAGGCAGCGGGCGGAUAAACCUCAGGACUCUCCGUGAACCACAGCGCUCUCAUUUCUCCCACUCCCAGAUUUUGGAACAAUGACGAAACUUUGAACCAGAUUCUGGACCCCAGAACGCAUCAGCUCUGCCUGUACUACACUACCCACAAGUCCUCCUGCAACGAUGCACGCAGUUAUGAAGUUUGGACCGAGGUUGAAGUGAAGUGCUGCAUUAGCAUUAAAGGCAUACAAAUAUUUAUAAUUAACCAUGCAGUAUUUGUACAUGCUAUGUGUUUUAUUUCCCUGGUGAUUUCAGUUCAUGUUGACUUGUGAAGCUGAAGCAUAACGACAAUCAUAUGGAACUGUUUCCAAGUGAAGGGCUGAAUUCACAUACGUGGAAGGAAAUAUUCAUUCUAAUUGUUAUAUUUUACAGUUCUUAUAUGUGACUUCAGAAUAAAAUGUCCUCUUGAG